AUGGGUCACCAGCAGUUCUACUGGAGCCAUCUGAGGAAAUGUGGCCAGGGUUCUUGUUGCGUCUGCUCAAACCCACAUGGUCUGAUCCAGAUACACACCCUCAAUACGUACUGCCAGUGUUUCUACCAGUACUCAAGGGAUACAGGCUUCAUUAAGUUGGAUUAA